AUGGCUGGAAUUGGAGCUAUUUUCAGGGAUUCAAAGGGUGAGGUAAUAAUGUCUGCUGCAAAGAAAGAAGUUUCUGUUAUGACUGCUGUUGAAGUGGAGGCUUUAGCUAUUCUUCGAGGAUUACAGUUCUGCAUUCUUCUUGGUAUUCAAAAUCUUGUGAUUGAAAGUGACUCAUUGCUGGUGGUUAAAGAGUUCAAUAUGCAAGGAUCUUCACAGGCUACUUUUGGCAAUGUUGUUAGAGAUGCUAAGGAGUUGAUGACACGCUUUGGUACCUGUCAAGUACAACAUGUUAUUAGAAGCUGCAAUUCAACAACACAUUCACUUGCCAAGUUUGGUUUAAGUGUGCAGAAUAUUAGUUUAUGGUGGGGAGCAUAUCCCGAUGUAAUUUCUAAUAUUCUUUGGAGUGAUUCAAGUACUUUGUAA